GAUAGAUCUAUCUCAUAUAUAGAUAUAUCUACGUUUUUAGAAUAUUUAGAAUAAUUUUAGAUUCGGAUCUUAAAUUUGACAAGCAUGUAAAAAAGAUUUCUAAGACGGUCAAGGCUGAUCUGAGUUGUUUUAAGUUAAUUUGGCACUUUAUACCCACUUCAGCAGCUCAGAUGUUUAUGCAUUCUAUGAUAUUCUCUCAUUUUUCAUAUUGUAUGACAGUUUGGACCCAAGCAGCACCAGUCAGCCUGUGGUGUCCUUAUAUAACCAAUCUUUAAAAAUAAUGGAUAAAAAAAUCUGUUCAGUGGCAUCAUUGUCACAUUUUAAAGAAAUAUUGCUACUACUUAGUUUUAAGAGUUUUAAUCAUUUGUGUUUUCUUAAAUGUAUAAAUAGGAUGGCCCCAGAGUGUCUCAAUAGAAACAUCCAGAGACAAGAUAGUAAUCGUAUUACUAGGAGUAAGGUGAACGGCAACUGCAAGAUGUUAUAUCGCAGAUCUGCAUUCGGUCAGUCAGCUUGCCAUCUGUGGAACACACUUCCAACCAAAAUCUAAUUGAUUACAGACAUCAGAUCCUUUACAUUGAAGCUUAAAGUGUGGUUAAAGGGAAAUUAGUCAUUUUGAAUAAGGAUUUUAAUUUUAGUUUAAUUGUCUAUUAAUUAAUGUAAUUGUAUUUAUGAUGUAAUUUGGUUUUAUGAAAAUGUAUGUUUUAUUGUGAAAUGUAUCUAUUUUGAUUGUAAGCCCAACAAGGGACAGUUAUUGAAAAUUAGCAAUAGCUAUAAAUGUACGUGCGUUACUUUCAUGUUUGUACUUGGACUAUGUUAAACUGCACUGUCCCUUUUAAAUAUAUAUAUGUAUGUAUGUGUGUGUAUACACACACAGGUGUGAUGAUGACUACAGUGUGCAGGUCGUAGGUGGAGGAGCUGACAGGAACCGCUGGGUGAUGGUUUUCUACUGAACCGUAACCAUGUCAUCAGUCGGUCAGCCUGCUCAGUGCUGCCACCGUCAUCGUGACUCGGGGUUAAACCGCGCCCCCAAAAGUCCGGAGAGUGCACGCGCACUGUUCAGGAGAGGGUGUUUUUCAGAGGUGACAGACAUUGCUGUUGUCCAUCAUCAUGAAUGUGUAUAUUGAUCUCUGCCAUUCACUCGGGCUUCCCGGGUGGUUAGCAUCUUUGCUACAUGCUGCCACACGCCUCAGGAAUGACCACGCCCGUCGCAAGAAGGUCUUCCGUCUUCUGCAGAGGAAACUGUUUUUUAACAAGGUUGGCGUGAAGGAGGGGGAUCAGUGUCAGCCUACCUACGUCUACCCUAAAGAGGUGAAGAUGUUGAUACGGUCUGCCUUUCCAGAGGACAUCUGUGACUAUCCAGAUCCCUGCCAUGAUAAGCCACAGGAAGCCCCUGACGACUCUCACAGCCUCUCUGCAGCAAUGGACUCAGAGGAGAGGGGCUUUGGUAUGGUUUCCCUGAAGUGGUGUGAGCAAAGCACAGGAGAUGGGGAAACAUUUGAGUACUUUGACUCCUGCUCAUGGCACAGUGACAUCCUGUCAGAUUUUAGUGGAGAAGGAGAGGAUUCUGUGGACGCUUUGCUGCGACUGGAGGAUGCCUACAUUUUUCGACAAACAAUGGGAGUCAGCGUCUGCAGUGGGCACACUAAGGCUCGACGCAGAGAAUCAGUAUCAGCAAAGGACAGCCACCGAGAUGUCACAGAGACUUAUGUCAAACCAUCUACUUACAGCAUGAAAAAAGGACCAGAAAACUGUGUGGCACCAAAUCUUCCUUUGAAACUCAUCAAAAAAGACCUUUUUUCAGUUGAGAUCCAACCCCAUUUAAACACAGAGAAACUAAAAGAGCAGUGCAGUUUACAAACUGUUGUUACAGGUGGCACAGAGCCAUGCAGUCUGCAUAUCCAAAAGCAACACAAAACGGAGACAUUUGAUGCAAAGCUAGAUGCCGGAGCCUCCCUGGAGCCCAUCAAGGCCCACUGCUUCUCCCACAGCACCCCAAUCGGUCUUGACUGCUUGGGCAGGAGGAGACAAAUCUCUUAUUCCUCUGCAGUCGCUCCUGAUGGCACAUUUGAAAAGUCAGCGUUUGGGGAUGACCUGAGCAGUGAAGAGGACCUCCUCUAUGAUGAAUUUCGAGGAUCUGGACAUCGUUAUGGACACCCAGGAGGAGGCGGAGGAGAGCAACUUGCCAUCAAUGAGGGUUACAUCAAACAGUGCCGCAAAAGGACAGACAUGUUCACUGAAGAGCAGCUUCGUACCAUCUUUGGGAAUAUCGAAGAGAUCUACCGAUUCCAAAGGAAGUUCCUCAAAGGUCUCGAGCAGAAGUUCAACAAGGAGCAGCCACAUCUGAGUGAGAUUGGUUGCUGCUUCCUUGAACAUCAAACAGAUUUCCAGAUCUAUUCAGAGUAUUGCAACAACCACCCCAAUGCCUGCAUCCAACUCUCCAAGUUGAUGAAGGUCAACAAGUAUGUAUUCUUCUUUGAGGCUUGCCGACUGCUUCAGAAGAUGAUUGACAUAUCUUUGGAUGGUUUUUUGCUGACUCCAGUUCAGAAGAUCUGCAAGUACCCGCUUCAGCUGGCAGAACUGCUCAAAUAUACCAACCCUCAGCACAGGGACUACAAAGAUGUGGAGGCAGCUUUGAAUGCCAUGAAGAAUGUUGCCAGGCUUAUAAAUGAGAGAAAACGGCGCCUUGAGAACAUCGACAAGAUCGCUCAGUGGCAGAGCUCCAUUGAGGAUUUUGAGGGUGAAGAUGUCCUCAGCAGAAGCUCUGAGCUCAUCUUUUCGGGAGAGCUGACCAAGCUAUCCCUGCCUCAGGCGAAGAGUCAGCAGAGAAUGUUUUUCCUUUUUGACCAUCAGAUGGUGUACUGUAAAAAGGACCUCCUGCGCCGAGACAUGCUUUACUACAAGGGCCGGAUUGACAUGGACCACAUGGAAGUAAUAGAUCUGGAGGAUGGUAAGGAGAAAGACUUCAACAUCAGCGUAAAAAAUGCUCUGAAACUGCGCUCGCUAGCUGGUGAUGAAGUCCACCUCCUAUGUGCUAAGAAGCCUGAGCAGAAAGAACGCUGGCUCCGGGCCUUUACUGAUGAGAGGAGGCAGGUCCAGCAAGACCGCGAGACAGGGUUCACUCUCACAGAGGUCCAGAAGAAACAGGCCAUGUUGAAUGCCUGCAAAAGCCAUCCAGCUGGGAAACCCAAAGCGGUGUCCAGACCUUAUUAUGACUUCCUCCUGAGGCAGAAACACCCCUCUCUCCCCUCUGCUUUGCCCCAGCAGCAGGUCUUUAUGCUGGCUGAGCCCAAGCGCAAGACCUCCACCUUCUGGCACAACAUUGGCAGACUGACGCCCUUCAAGAAGUAAAAAAAACUGUAAGGAAAAAAAAGCCUUGGAGAAAAGGAACAGAGAAGGAGAAAGAGUCUCUGUUCGUGCCUGAAUAGACCGUUUUUAACCCUUCCUCUCUUUAAUUCCUACACAUAAUAUCCUCUAAUUAUUGAUUUAUUGUAUAGAUAUGAAUUGAAUAUGUUAUCUUUUGAAAGCACUUUAUAUGUUGGUUAACAAUCAGACAUGGGAAUGGUCCUCUAGAGACAAUGAGUCAGAUAGGUAGAGUAAACUCUUGGUUCACUUAUAAAUAGACCUUGAAUCAAGCACUGAUUGGAACUAAAACUACUACUGUACUGCUACUGUAAUAGUACUGUACUACUAUUGUACUAGUACUGUACUGGUACUGUACUAGUACUGUACUGCUGCAGGUGAGCGUGGGACUCCUGACUGUGCUGUCUCUGUGAAGACGUUGCCUGUCAACAAAACCUUUUUUAUUUUCACUCUUCUGUUGCUUCAUGAUUUGACAGAUGCCAAGUGUUUGUAGUGCCAGAUGAUCUGUUUUUAUAUUUGUUCCUUGUCUGCUUAUGAAGAGACAACAUUUCUUGUUUUCAUGUACAGAAAUAUGAUUUCAGCUAUGUUUUGUUUCGUGAUUAUGAUCCACCGGGAUUUGGUUUUGUACUUCUCUGGUGUAAUGUGCAAACUCCUGACGAAUAUCAAACGCAGCCCAAAGAAAAAUCGGCUCAGCACAUGUUCUCAGCUGUUCUGGCUCCACGGUCUGAACCUCGACGACUCCUGAUACCUGCUGUGUCAACGAAAGUACGCAACUCGCUCGAUUUUCUUUUUCUUUCUGUUCUUUGUUGAAGUGCCAUUUGAAGUGUGUCAUGGAUGCUUUACAAUGACAUGCAUGGAUGUGCUUAAAUGAAAUACUGUGAGGAAUAUUUUUUUAUCUCUGAAGAGCCCUGCUAUAUUUAACCUGAUUGCUGGUUAAAGCUGGUUUCAUUGUGCAGCCAUGCUGACAGCAUCUCUCUUUCUCACACACACACAUUCUUUUAUCUACCUGUAUUCACUAUUCCUGCUCUGUGUAUCUGAUUUCCAGUAUAAUCUCAUGUCAGAUCAGUGCAGCCCGGCGAUAUUGCUCUGUAAGUGCAUUUAGUGAAAUGUACUCCUUACUCCUUUCUGUUCAAAAAUUAAACGUUCCUAAAAUGA